CGGGUUUCAAUACCCGACCUCAAAUAGCACAAUGCAUUGCAGUCAGCGACUCUGCAUUAAUAGAUCUGCUCGGCUCUCAACUCGCAGGCUGCGCUUGCCUCCCUCAGCAUUCAGGCUCUAGCUGUGCUAUCUUCAAAAGCAAGGGCCCUCCGCAAUUUCCCCCUCAUUCACAGAUCUUGUUCCUUAACCUCCACCCUUCCAUCCAGACCUCACCACCUCCGAAGCCAAUCAGACGCCAUGGCUUCCGCUCUUGCCGUGAAGAUGGGAUCCGCCGCUGCUUUCACUGCAGCGAGCGCUGGCAGCACCAAGCAGAGCUCCAUUGCUCAGCCUUUCGUUGGCCUGAAGGCUGGCGCUGGCCUCCCCAUUGCCAAGAAGGCCGCCACCUUCGCUGACCAGACCGUGUCAAACAGCGGGCGCGUGCAGUGCAUGAAGGUGUGGACUCCCCUCAACAACAAGAAGUUCGAGACCCUCUCCUACCUCCCCCCCCUCUCCGCUGAUGCCAUUGCCAAGGAGAUUACAUACAUGAUUUCCAAGGGCUGGACCCCCUGCAUUGAGUUUGACGAGGUAGGUUACGUGUCCAGGGAGAACUUCCAGGGCUGCGGGUACUAUGAUGGCCGGUACUGGACCAUGUGGAAGCUCCCCUUGUUCGGCUGCACUGACCCCAGCCAGGUCCUGAAGGAGGUUGCUGAGGCCAAGAGGACUUACCCCAAUGCCUACAUCCGCGUCUUGGGUUUCGAUGCAAAGAGGCAAGUGCAGUGCUCCGGGUUCCUCGUCCAGAGGCCGGGCCAGGCUUUCUUUUAAGUGCUUAUGUUUGAAACGGAGGGUUUAGCUACAUUGCAUUUCGAAAUAGAUCGACAAGACAGAACAGAUCAUAAUUGUAUGGUAAAUUCUGCGGCACAGAGCAGGCAGGUGAUGAUGUUCAAGGUUAAGAGAGAGUGGUUUCUCCUCUUGCUUCUGAACACUCCUUGGAUAUAACUAACUUGGCUCCGCAUAUUGAGAGCACAAGAGAACUGUGAACGUGUAAGGUGGUAAUGCAUAGCUGCGUCAAGAACGCGUUGAGGAGCGACAAAAACAUUUUGACGGUGGAUGACCAUAAGUAAAAACAGGGUUCUGACGGAAAUGAUCAUCAAGAUCAUUACUUGCACAUACCUCUUUCAAUAGCAAAUGCCACAGUUGGAAAGCAAAGCUCUUAGUUAAACAUUUUAAGCAACUGCCAACUGUGCAUCAUAUAUGUUUUCAGCGGAAUCCCGAGCUGCCCUGCUACAUAACAGAAUGUUCCUAUGCCAAAUAGCAGUAGGGUACUUGAACGAAAUGGAAGCACGUUGCGAAAUCCUCUUCCUUGCACGUGGUAAAAGCAUGAUGUCUUUCUCCAAC